AAUUUAUAUAUUUCCUCAGAGCACCCACUAAAAAAUAGAUCUCUCGCCCUAUCGCCCUAAAUGUUAGUACUCAGAAGCCGUCACCGAAGAAUGUAACUAUCAGAGGCUAGAGACUUGGCUUGACUACUCCAUCAACGGACGAACUUUCUUUCAGAACAAUUGACCAAUCACACUUCGCUACCUGUCACCAACACGCGGGGCUUCGGUUCCGGCUCCUGACCAUGUGACCUUUCUGUCCUCACCAGAGGCCAUGUCAUCAAGAGAAGGUAUUUACGAGUUUGUCUGUUAGCAGUGGACAGAGAGGAUAUAGCAAACUUCUUUUGUUGGAUCCGAAUCUUCUCGCCUGUGACCAAAUCUCAGCACCCCACAGACACAAGGUGCCAAAAUUCAAAGGAAUUAAAAGGGGUUGAAUAGUCUGAGACAGAGCUCGGUAUCCGAACCGUGCGAUAAUAGCAGAAUUAGAGAAUUGGAUAGUGGAGAUGGAUCAAAUGGGUGUUGGCGUAUAUAAUUUUUUCCGAAAACCUGCAGUUUUGGAGACAUUUCUGGAUGUGAUACUAGGUCUAAUGCCCUUAUGGCUGGCCGUCAUGAUAGGUCUUAUUGUGGGUUGGUCGUGGAAACCCAAGUGGGCUGGCUUGAUUUGUCUUGGAAUGAGGUCUAAGGUUCGAUUCGCCUGGACUGCUCCUCCCGGUUUCGGUGCUCGCCGCCUCUGGUUUGCUAUUACUGCACUCUCGGCUUACCCUGUCUUGAAAAAGUUAUGGUCUAAUUUCAACGAUGCUAAGGCCAAGGAUGAAGACCCUAUUACGUCCGAUUCAAAAUCCCCGGACUUUAGUCCCGAGGAAAGCACGUCUUUUGUUGGAAAGGAGGAGGUAGUUGUCACUCAUGAGGACUUAGAUAACCUGUGCCAUUUGCUGGAAAUAAAAGAUGGAGGUCCUGCAUGGCAAGAAAUAAUGAACCGAUCAACACCAAAAAUGACCUACCAAGCAUGGCGUUAUGAACCAGAGAUUGGUCCUACAGCAUACUGUAGCAGAACGGUAAUUGAUGAUGUGACUCCAGAGAUAAUGAGAGAUUUCUUCUGGGAUGAUGAUUUCCGACCCAGGUGGGAUAACAUGCUUAUUUAUUUCAAGACUCUGGAGGAGUGCCCUGUUACAGGAACCAUGAUUGUCCACUGGAUUAGAAAGUUUCCUUUUUUCUGUAGCGAUAGAGAAUAUAUCAUUGGCCGUCGAAUUUGGGAGUCUGGAAGGACAUACUUCUGUGUGACAAAGGGAGUUCCAUACCCAUCAGUUCCCAGGCACAACAAGCCAAGACGUGUUGAUUUAUACCAUUCUAGUUGGCGAAUACGAGCAGUGGAAUCAAGAAAAGGCGAUGGACAAUUCACUGCCUGUGAGGUCACAUUAUUUCAUAAUGAAGAUAUGGGAAUCCCAAGGGAGGUUGCAAAGAUUGGAGUUCGUCAGGGCAUGUGGGGAGCUGUCAAGAAGAUAGAACCUGGAGUAUGUGCCUAUCAGAUGGUUCGCAAGUCAGAUGCUCCAUUAUCAAGAAGUGCAUUCAUGGCCCAAAUUAAUACAAAGGUGCAUCCAAGUAACUUGAAAACCUUGGAAAUUUCCUCAGAAGAUGCAGAGGAGCAGGUUAAAUCUUCUGAGAAAAACAGGCAAGGGAUUGCUUGGAGAUGGGUUAUUGUUGGUGGGGCAGUGGCUCUUGCAUGCGGACUUGAUAGGGGAGUUGUGAGUAAAGCAUUGAUAUUUGGAGUAGCAAGGAGGUUUGGGAUACUUGGAAGAAGGCCAUGAUGAGAAUUUGGUUUGAAAUUUGUUUGUACCCGUAUCCUCUAUGCUAGUAAAGUAAAGCAUAUUGGUCAUUGUAUCAGCAGUUCAGGUAAUUAUUAUCUGAAGUGCAAAUGCAACACAAUCUCCACUCUUCUAAUUUGAUAUGUGGGGAAGUCUUGAAAUGUGAUAUUAUUUUAUUUCUUUUGUGAAGCUCCUCGAAUAUAUUUAUAGUUGAGAUUU